CGUCACACUGAGUAUUUCAACAUAAACAAAUGCAGCUGAGCUGAGAGGUUGCAAUCGAUGCAUUUCCUCUUCUAUAAGCAUAGUUUGUAUUUGCAAUGGAAAUCUACAUUCGCGGCAGCUGUGAUACGAUGUGUCCUAAGUCGGAAGUUGAAAUGCGCACUCGGGAAAAGCUACUUCACUUCUACGAGCGGAAACUAGGUAGCAAAACCGAACCCGAUCUGGCCCGGGUGAUAAAGGAAUUUGCGCGUUCAGCGGCCGGUGUGCGACAACCCAAGCACUGGGAGAUUCGAACUGUGCGUACUUUGAAACGAACCGUGCAAUACCUUCUGAGUGACGUCUUCCAGGACACUCGUCGUCCAUAUGCCUACAAAUACGAGUUCAUUUUCGAUCGGUUACGAGCCGUUCGCCAAGAGGUGGUAAUGCAAGAUCUGAACGCCGUGGAAACGUUGGAUAUUUUGGAGCCGAUUGUGCGUUUCCUAGCGUAUAGUGCUUAUGAGCUUUGCGAGCAUCACAUUAGCGAAUAUGAUCCGAAAAUUUGCAGCACCCAUUUGCAAGAAUGCCUCAAGAAAGUCCUUCGCUGCUACGAUGAUCUCGAUGACCAGUUAGUAAGUUAUGAUGCUCAUAGAAGAAUCAAUAUGGAAUCCAUCUAUCUGACAUUCAAUCUGGGAAGCCCCGAGGCCCUCACCCGAGGAAUCGGCCUUCGGAAGGAUUUGAAAGAAAAGUUGAAGACGGAACUUCUAAUGAACGUUGAGUAUCUUCGUUGCAACUUUCAUAAAGUUCUUGCGCAAAUGCGGAUUUUACCACCACUGGCGGCAGCCGUUGCAUCGCUCAAACUUCCCGAAAUGAGAAGACAACUGCUGUUUCGGUUUUCGCACGCCUUCCACAGUAAAGCUCUAACCGUUCCGCUCGAAUGGAUUGCUCACGUUCUGCACUAUCAGGAUCGUGAGUGCGAGGAACUGAUUGAAGACUGCAAACAUUACAACCUCGAGCUCGGGGAGCAGAAGGCACUGGAAACCCAUUCAAGCGAUGAGCGGGUGAUUAGCAAGCAGCGGGAACCAAAAGACAACUGGUGGGAUGAUAGCUUUGAGCAGCGGCCGGCGACGGAGCGUAACGAACUGAUCGGACGUUCGGUGAAAUUCGAGAAGACCCGCUUCGAUUGCAACAAGUUGACACGUCAGCCUCGUCGGGUGGAGUUUGUUGACCGGAAGCUGAACGAGUUGAAGUCGAUCUCUGGGAUGCUACUCGACAAGUAGUUUGUGGAUUUGUUGGGAUACUCAACUGAUGAACCUCUGUUUUUGUGAACUAUUGAAUUUAUUGUGAAUUAAAUGCGUAUUUGGUGUACGAAUAUAUUAUACAUUGUA